AUGAUAUUAAAAUUUAUAUAUUAUUUAUUAUUAUUCUAAUUCUAUAAACUAAUUAAAUCUAUUCUAAAUUUCUAAAUUCUAUUAGUUAAUUAAAUUAAAAUAUUAUUCCUCAUUAAUUCUAUUUAUUGUUAUAUUCCUAUACAAUGAAAACAAAGAUAUCAAGUUUCGUGAAAAUGGCAAGAAUCAUGCGACCAUAUUAUGUACGUACAGCCACCACAUCGUCUACUGGAGCAUUAUUGCCUGAACCACAAAAAAUUCCAUUUGGGCUAGUGGGUAUAAUUUUUACAGUUGUGCCGGGGUUAUUAAUUGGAGCCACCAUUAGUAAAUAUAUGGCUAAUUUUCUAGAAGAAAACGAAUUGUUUGUUCCAUCAGAUGAUGACGACGACGACGAUUAAAAGUAUUUAACAAUAGUACAUAUUGUAUUUUAUCUUGAGAUGAUUGUUGUUUACAUUUUUAUCUAGCCCUUAAAUUCUUUUGCCUUAAUGUUAUUGAACUACUUAAUUGUAUUUAUAGCUACCCGAAAAAAUUAUUUAUUGUUUAUUAAAGGUAUACAUAGUAUAAUUAUAAUGAAUAGUUAUAACUAUUUUAAUAUAAUUCUCUAGUCAUUUAAUUGUUUAUAUUAUCAAUUGUUUGUUAAAAAUGUUUAUAUUUUAUUAUUUUAGUGUGCAUAUACCUACCUAUAUACCUAUCAUUAUAACUUAAUGAAAAUAUAUAUUUAAAAUAUUCACUUAAUUAGUUUAUAUAGUUUAUCAUUUAUCACAGUUAGGAAUUAUGUUUUAUAUAAGUUGUAUACAUAAAUAAUUGUUGUCAUUUAAAAUGUCUAGAUUUUUACUUAAACAGUUAUAAAUCUUUUGUAAUACAUAACUUAAUAAAAUUCUCAAUUUUCUUGUGUGAUAAAUACAUGCUACUAUUAAAAUGCAA